UCAACUACCAAAACAAACCCUCCACCAAGCCACCGAUUUCCUUAAAGAAUUCUCUCAUCUGAGUCUUCCAUCAAACUUCAAUGGAAGAUUACGGCAGAUCAAGAUCGUACGGUAAUGGAAUGAUGCAGCUGGAAUUCUACCAGGAGGCACCACCACCAAUUUCAGGUUCCUAUGAGCUCAGGUCAUAUAGUGUUUCCUAUGCACAGUCCCAGAUGGCGGCUAAUGGCUAUAAUAAUAUUGGAAACAGCAACAGGGACUUGAAGUUGAAGAAAGCGAAGAGCACUUCUGGUUCAGCUUCUUCGAAAUCAUGGAGCUUUGCAUCUGACCCAGAGUUUCAAAGGAAGAAAAGGGUUGCUAGCUACAAGAUGUAUAGUGUUGAAGGUAAGGUCAAAGGGUCCUUGAGGAGGAGCUUUAGGUGGCUUAAAGAUAAGUACACACAAGUUGUCUAUGGCUGGUGGUAAUUCUUGCAGUUUGGUUGAAUCCUUUUCCUUUUUAUAUUUUAUCUUGCUUGUAUCCAAGGUAUUUGU